AUGGCAACUUCAUUCCUUCAAGUACUUUCCUAUUUGUUUGGUUGGAUAUACACAAUAUGCUGGUCCCUUUCUUUCUAUCCCCAACCCUUCUUGAACUUUAAGCGCAAAUCUACAUCUGGUGCCGCCAUCGAUUUUCCUUUCCUCAACGUGUUGGGAUUUGCUGCAUACUUUGUAUCUACAGUCUCAUUUCUUUACGCGCCUGAGAUUAGACGUGAAUAUGCUCUACGAAAUAAUGACCAUACUCCAACUGUUCAGUUCAAUGAUCUCGCUUUCGCUGCCCACGCGCUCUUUAUGUGCUUUGUUAUAAUAUCACAAUAUGAUCCAUCUAUCUGGGGAUUCGAUAAACGGGGUAAAAGAGGCCCUGGAGCAAGAGUCAGCAAGUCUAUUUUGGGUUUGUCUGGGGCAUGUAUUGUUGGAGUCGUAACUUCAGUGGUUAUUGUUCUUGCGCGUCGAGAUGAAGAUGUUGUAACAGGAUGGGCAUGGAUCGAUGUGGUUUAUGUCAUAUCAUACGUCAAGCUUAUCAUCACGACUGUCAAAUACAUGCCUCAAGUUCUCACGAAUUAUCGCAAUCGAUCCACAACAGGUUGGUCGAUAGGAGGUAUCUUACUCGACUUUGCAGGUGGAGUCCUAUCGAUUUUACAAUUGGGAAUUGAUAGUUAUCUCCAAGGAGACUGGUCGGGAGUAACAGGUAACCCUGUGAAACUUAUGCUGGGUAAUGUGAGCAUCUUUUUCGAUGUUAUUUUCAUUGUUCAGCAUUACAUUCUAUAUAAAGGGAACGGGGGUGAUACACCGAUAGAUGAAGAAGACCCUCUGCUUGAGCCGGAUAGAGAGCAGAUAAUCGAAUAG